GGAGGGAGGGAUGGACGGGAUGGUGGAGGGAUGGAUAGAGAGGCAGAUAACGGAUGGGCAGACGGAUGGAGGGGUGGACAGAUGGAUGAUGGAUGGAAUGAUGGAGGGAUGAACAAAUGGACAGAUGGUGGGUGGAAAGAAGGAUGGGUGAAUGGGAUGAUGGAGGAGUGGACAGACAAACAUUGGGUGGACAGAAGGAUGGAGGGAUGAUGGAGAGAUGGACGGACAGACGGAUAAUGGAUGGGAUGAUGGAUAGCGAAUGGAUGGCAUGAUGGAGGGAUGAAUAAUGAGUGGACAGAAGGAUGGAUGGAGGAUGGAUGGGAUGAUGGAGGAUUGGACAGACAAGUGUUGGACAGACAGAAGGAUGGAGGGAUAGGAUGAUGGAGGGAUGGACAGACAGAAGGACAGACAGAAGGGUGAAUGGAGAAUGGACGGGAUGAUGGAGGGGUGCACGGAUGAACAGAUGAUGGACGGACAGAAGGAUGAGAGCUGUGUGGAUGGCUGGAGGGGAUGGAUGAUGGAUGGACAGACGGAUGCCGACAGCUUUCUCCGGAGCCGUUUGUUCUGUUGCCAUGAGAACCGGUGCUGCUGCAGUGACGGCGCGGAGCGGAGCGGGGCUGAGCACCCCACCUUCAGCUCUGCCAUUCCACCUCUCCCCAAAUCCCCCAACCCAGCAGUGUCCCCCCACACCCCCCAGGCACAGCACUGCCGGGGGGUGAGCUCUGAUUGCACUGAGGUCAUCCCACACGUUGAGGUUUUGGCGAAGGAGAUGCGGAGAGCGGUGAGCUCAGCGGGGAAGGGAGCUUUGCCUGUCCCUGCACUGUGGGCCCGGCUCUGCCAAGCGGUGUUGGUUUGGUAUGGGGGCACCCCUGGACACCCCCCACCACCGUCCCCAUCCCACAGGUCCCCCCCCCACGCACGGCGUGCCGGAGCUCCAUGCGAUCCCGAUGGAUGCGAUCGCCAGCGGCCGCCUCAAGAGGAAGUUUGAGGAUGUGGACGUGGGAUCCCCGGCGUCCAACUCGGACGAUGAAAUCUCCAACAGCGACAGCGCCGACAGCUGCGACAGCGUCAACCCCUCCAGCUCCAGUGGCUUCAUCCCCACUUCCAUCCUGAAGAGGCAGAAGCAGCUGCGCAGGAAGAAUGUGCGCUUCGACCAGGUGACGGUGUACUACUUCGCCCGGCGCCAGGGCUUCACCAGCGUGCCCAGCCAGGGUGGCAGCUCGCUUGGCAUGGCCCCACGGCACAACUCGGUGCGCAGCUACACGCUGUGCGAGUUUGCACAGGAGCAGGAGGUGAACCACCGUGAGAUCCUGCGUGAGCACCUCAAGGAGGAGAAGCUGCACGCCAAGAAGAUGAAGCUCACCAAGAACGGCACGGUGGAGUCGGAGGAGGCGGAGGGGCUGACGCUGGAGGACAUCUCGGACGACGACAUCGACGUGGAGAACGUGGAGGUGGACGACUACUUCUUCCUGCAGCCCCUGCCCACCAAGCAGCGGCGGGCGCUGCUCCGCGCCUCCGGCGUGCACCGCAUCGACGCCGAGGAGAAGCAGGAGCUGCGCGCCAUCCGCCUCUCAAGGGAGGAGUGCGGCUGUGACUGCCGCCUGUACUGCGACCCCGAGGCCUGCGCCUGCAGCCAGGCGGGCAUCAAGUGCCAGGUGGACCGCAUGUCCUUCCCCUGCGGCUGCUCGCGGGACGGCUGCGGGAACAUGGCCGGCCGCAUCGAGUUCAACCCCAUCCGCGUGCGGACUCACUACCUCCACACCAUCAUGAAGCUGGAGCUGGAGAACAAGCGGCAAGGCGCGCGGCCCGGCGACGAGGAGCUGCAGGGCUCGGGCGCUGCGUGGCCCCCCGGCGCGCAGCCCCCCGAGACGCAGGACUUCCAGGAGUUCAUGGCCGAGAACGAGACGGCCGUCAUGCACCUGCAGACCGCCGAAGAGCUGGAGAGGCUGAAGGCCGAGGAAGACUCCAGCGGCGGCUCCGGCGUGGAGAGCGUCGGCGUCUGCAUCCUGGAGGAGCCGCUGGCCGUGCCGGAGGCGCUGUGCCCGGGGUUGGCAGCCCCCAUCCUCAUCCAAGCGCAGCUGCCGCCGGGGUCCUCCGUGCUGUGCUUCGCCGACGGCGCGGAGCAGCCCGCAGCCACGCAGCCCUACUUGAACGCUGCUCCGCUGCUGUACUACCAGGUGGAGCCGCGCUCCGUGCUGGGCCCCAAGGGCGAGAGCGGUGCUGAGGAGUGCCCAAAGGACACCGGGACCGUCCCCGCAGCCCCCACGGGGCCGUGCAGCCGGGCUGCCCCCGCCCCGAGCAAAGGGGAAGGGGCGAAAGGUGUGGGGCAGGAGGGUGCGCAGAGCUGCGCUGCAUCGCUCGGCCCCUCGGCACCCCGUGAGGCACCCGGCUCCGAGCAGCCCCCCCAGGGGGUGUGAGCCCCCACCCCGUUAUUUAUUGAGGAUAUUCCGCGGCACGGCGCUGCCCCAGCGGUAUUGAAUGGGGAGGGAGGGAGGGAAGGAGGAGCGGGGGCCGCUUGUACAGACGGUGGCACACAGAGCGCCGGGGGGACAGACGGACAGACACACGGACACGGAGCCCACGGGCCACGGUCCUGCCUUGGGCCCCAAGGGGACAGAUGGACAGACAGACAGACGCACGGACACGGAGCCCAUGGGCUGUGUCCCCAUAGAGCUGCUUGGGGCGCCCUGUGCUCAUCAGCGCCCGCUUCCCCCCGCUGCCCCCCCCCAGGGCUCCUCAUCCUUUUCGUCUCGGACACAAAAGAAGACUUCGGGGUUCGGUUUGGGGUUUUUUUUUGUUUGUUUGUUUUUUGGUAUUUUUUUCUUUUUUUUAAUUAUUAUUUUUUAACGUGCUGAAUGUUUACGGGGCCGCACCGCAGCCCAGCGCCUCCCCCACCGCCAUCACCGCCGCUCCGGUUGCACAAAGAGGGGUGAAGACGCGGACACCCCCGGACCCACCCCCCCAAAACCCCUUCGGUCGCCGCUUUCAACCCCAGGACACACAGCUGUCCGUCCGUCCGUCCAUCUCCAGGACUGCUGCCCUGCGGUCGCAGCGCUGGAGCUGUGGGCUCUGCCGCCCCCCCUCACCCCCCACAGCUGAGACCCCCCCCCAGAGACGGGACUGGGACCAACCACGCUCAGCACAGCAGCGCUUUCACCCUCGGGUUCGUUUCGCUUCCACGCUCUCCCUACUGAAGGGCUCCGACCCACCGUGCCCCAUCGAGGGGCUGCCCUGGGGUGGGGGCUGCACUGGGGCGGGGGCUGCCCGGUGCCCCCCAGCACUGCUCUGUCCCCCCACUUUGGCCCCACGGCCCAACCGGGACACGACGGCUGCGUUCCUACUGCAGUUGUGACCCUCAGAGCUCUGAUGGUUCCCCCCUUCCUCCCUCUGCUCUGUGCCCCCCCCGGGCACAGUGGGUGCUCUCUGCCCACCCCGUCCCACCGCCGGCGGUUUUCAUUUCUUAUUCCACUGUGAAUCCAAAGCUGUGUUGGGUCCUCCCCAUCUCUAUCUCUUUUUUUUUUUUUUUUUGGCCUUUUUACAGUUUUGUUUUGUUGGGUUUUUCUGUUUGUUUUGUUUUUCCCCCAUGGUGAGAAUGCUGUAUUUAAAAAGAGGAUAUUUAAAAGCGUAACAAUAAAAGGAAGGCUCUGA